AUGACCACGCAGAAAAAUCGGCAGUCCUUAACACGGACUUAUGACUAUUUGUAUGAUCCAGUGUAUACUGUAUGUAGCACUAAAGACCACUUCAAGGCAGCUGUCAUAGCUGCGAAACGUACUUGUUUGUAUAGAACUUGCAAAAAUUUUCCACCUGUAUCUUAUGAUCAACUAAAAUAUCCCGAACAUCUGCUAAAAAUCCGAACUGAGCCAUUCUGCGCAAUGGAACAGAUGAAUUACGAAGCUCGUAUUCGUAGCUCGCCGAUCAUUGAAAUUAUUCUUUACAGGCAAAAUUUAGAUCCACCAAAGCGCAUCGAUGUCAAUGGACAACACAGACACUUGUUUUACCGGAGACCAGUUAUGCCGUUCUUAAAGCCAGCUGUUCCCACGGUGCGAUUUCACAUGAAUCUUGAAUACGACAAUAUGGAAAAAGCUAUGAAAGAUGCGGCAGCACGCUGUUGCCAUUUACCAGAUAGGACGCAAACGAAACAGACACAAACAGACUACAGAGAAAGCGAGGCACAAACGUCUCCCUGGACUCCUCCUUACAAAGUGCGACCAGAUGAGAGCCCCGAAGUUCUGACUAUUGCCCAUUUGACUUGGGAUCAUGGAUUGCCAGCAGGAAUGCACGAGGUGGAGAUCAUAAACAGAAUGAGAAUGAAGAGAGCUUGGGAGGCAAUACUCCCUCCCAUGGAUAAUGAGAUUAACAUCAAAACACGAAAGACUAUAAUUGAAGCGAUGGAAAUUGAUGAUUGGGCGUUUCGCGAAGCAGAGAUUCAAUUCAUUAUGGACACGCGAAUGGAAUUGAUGGAAAAAUACACAAAGCUGAGGGAUGCGGCGAGGCAGAAAAGCAUAGGGGAUCGAUGCCAGAGAGUCGAAGAUUUGAUAGACAAGAGGAGAAAUACGGAGAUAAGAAAUAUUAGGCAAAAACUUGGACGUGAGCUGAGAAAAUUGACGGUGAAGUAUCGCGGUGGUCAAGACAAAUGGGCUAAAAAGUGCAGCGCAGCGAGAGGUCUUGCUGACUCGAUUUUUAAAUUGAAAAAAAAAAAUGUUAAAAACUAUCACGAGAUUAUUAACAGAAGGAUAGUAGACGAUAAGAAUGUUCCUGACGCAGAUGAAAACGAUAGGUACAUUCUACUUCCUACAUAUUCCGAAUUGAAGGCAGUUAAACCGAAGCAAAAGGCACAUGAACUCUGUGUGCGAGAAACUAGAUGGAAUGAGGAAAAAUUGAGAAAGCUUCAUGCAGAGUUGAAAUCGAUUAGAAUGGACCUCAAGCCAGAUAAAAAUACCAGCUUCAUGAAACGUAGAUACAAACUUCCACCGAUGCCCGUCACCCCAUCACUGUCAAACGAGAGCAACGUGAAUGAGAGUCAGGAACGGGCAGCUGUAUUGAUUCAAAAAUUGGUUACUGGAAGAGCAAUUCAAUGCGUUAUGUUCGAGGGACGAGAUAGGUGCAGAGAACUGAUUGAGGAACUUCAGUCAACACAUUGGCUUCAAUCAGACACCAAGAAACUACGGCAGAUGGAAAAACGGCACGUUAUAGAGCUUCAGCAAAGCGAAAAUCGCAGAACUUUGCAGGAAGAUCGGUUGAACGAAAUAUUGAACAUGCUGGAAGGCAUGACAUUGUCUGGAAUGUUGGACUACCUGAGCAAGGAGUUGGUGCGACUGAAAGAUGAGCGCAAAGCGCAUGCUUUUGCUCUGCUUGCCGAACGAGAAAGAACAAAGAGGGAGGCGGAAGAGGCUGGAAGGAGGCAGCUGGAAGAACAGCGUCGCAGAGAAUGUGACGAAAUGUUCAGGCAAAUGGUAAAGGUAAAUCAAGACACAGUCGAACUUUACUUGGAAGACAUAAUAAAGGAAAGUAUCGAGUGGGUCUCAGACGCUGAAGCAAAACAGUAUAUCCUAGAGACGGCUGAUAAAGUGGAUAAGGCACUGCAAUAUGCAAAUGAAAACGCUCAAGGUUUGGCUGAAGAAGAAAUGGUUUCUGAUAUGAUUUACAACUUUGUACUUCCCGACGUCGACAAACAAAUAGUGAGAAAGAGAAUGCGUGAGAGGCAAGCUAGCUACCUAAAAAAUGCACACACUGCUAUUUACAAUAAGAUAUUGGAGUUACCACCAAUCGAGCGACAAACACCCUCGACAGAGUCAAUAGCUACGGAUAAAAGUGACAAAGGAGUGGAAGAGGAGGAGGAAGGGACAGAAGAAUCUGACCAGCCGGUCGAAGAACUAGCGCAGGAAACAAGCGCAGAUUGGAUAAAACGUCGAAUAGUCGGAGAAAUAAUUAGUCCAGAAGAAACACUGACUGGCAGCAUAUUAAAGCACCUUAUCUCUCGUUCUGUGCUCUCUGAUGGCGAAAAAAUCGCUCAACACAUAGUUGAAAAUGUUAUCAAAGAUGUGGAAGCCCUAGUCGGUAAUUCUAAGUUGUCGGUAUUAGUUUCAGCACGAUCCUCAGAAUCAUCUGGGACCUUCUAUUCUAGCGAUUCCACUGCUAAGUCUACUGCUCCUGUAGGUCAUGUUAAAGAUACAGAGACCUUGGAUUAGAAUCAAUUCCUCAUUUUGAAAGUCACUUCUUAAAUUAUAUUGAUUAUAUUGAAUACGGAUAUUUAACGAGGUUAAAGUUAGUAACAUUAUCGUAACGAAACAUU